GGCGAUUAGAUACCACCGGUGUUCUCUGACCCGCUAUCUCGGCAGUGACUGAGUGAGGGUUCAGUCUCGUCUCGCCCGCCGUCACGUCCGCCGAUCCGCCACACUCUUGUGGUGUGCAAGGAGUCCCCAGCAGCAGCAGUAACCCCGUCAGCACGCUCCCCCAGGAUGUCACAACAGGAGAACGAGUCCCCGGUGCCCCCAAGUCGGGUUACCUCAAUGGCGCAUCCCGACAGGAGCUUGAAGCCGCUUCCCAACACCCCGGAGCCUGUUCGCCGCAAACUGUCGUCCCUGGUGAAGCGGCGACGCAACAAGACGCUGCCCAACAUCUCCCUGCCCACCGACGUGAAGCACCUCUACCACGUCUUCUUCGAUGAGAAAACAAAGCGCCUCGUGGGUCUGCCGGACUCCAUGAAGAAGAUCCUGGAGACGUCUAACAUCACGCUGGAGGAACAGCAGCGGAACCCCCACGCCGUCUUCGCUGCCAUCAAGUACUAUCAGUCCCAGGAUAAUCUGAACCGGGAUAAGUACAUGGACGUACCGCCAGUUGACCCCGACUACGAUGACCUCCCGCCCCCUCGCCGCGUCACCCGCUACUUCGAGAGCGGCGAGUAUGACCUGGUCCCGCUGCCCCGCCCCGUCGAGAACCUCCCCACCAUCGAGGAAUUCAGAGACUCUUGGAAGAGGUUGAGUUCGAGUGAGAUCAUCCCGCCGCCCAUACCAACACGCCCGGACAGGACCAAGUCAGUGUACACCAAGCCCGUGGAUGAGCUGGAUGGCCUCCUGCCCUCGCCAAGGCCUCGCAGCGUGAUUAACGGAAAGAAAGAGGCGCCCCAGGUGAACAACAAGAAGGAGCUGCAGCGGGAACAGGUGCUGAGGAUGCUGCAGCCCCUGGUGACGGUGGGCGACCCCAACAAGAAGUACAAGAAGAAGAAUAAAAUUGGCCAAGGGGCGUCCGGCGAGGUGUUCACUGCGGAGAAUUUGCAGACAGGUGAGGUGGUGGCCAUAAAGGUGAUGACCCUCAGCAGGCAGGUACGCCCGGAGCUCAUCGCCAGCGAGAUCAUCGUCAUGAAGGAGAACAAGCACCCCAACAUCGUGAACUACGUCGACUCCUACCUCGUCGGGGAGCAGCUGUGGGUUGUGAUGGAGUACCUGGAGGGCGGAUCUCUCACGACCGUGGCGAUGGAGACGGUCAUGGAGGAGUGCUCUAUUGCCGCGCUCUGCAGAGAGGUGCUCCAGGCCCUCGAGUUCCUUCACCUGGCUAACAUCAUUCACCGGGACAUCAAAUCGGACAACGUGCUUCUCGGAAUGCACGGCGAGGUUAAAAUAACGGACUUUGGUUUCUGCGCCCAGCUGUCCCCGGAGAGAAGCAAGCGCACUACCAUGGUGGGGACGCCCUACUGGAUGGCGCCCGAGGUGGUACAGCGGCAGAACUACGGGCCGAAGGUGGAUGUGUGGUCCCUCGGCAUCAUGGCCCUCGAAAUGCUGGACGGUGAGCCGCCGUACAUGACAGAGGACCCGGUGCGCGCCCUCUACUUGAUCACCUCCAACGGGAAGCCGGUGAUCAAGAAGAGGUCCCAGCUAUCGCCCGGCUUCGCGGACUUCCUCGACCAGUGCCUUGAGGUGAGCGAAGACAAGCGACCCUCGGCCUCAAGACUUCUUCAGCACCCGUUCCUGAAGCGCGCGGCGCCUCUCGUAAGCUUACGCGCCCUGAUCACUGCGGCUCGGAACGCGAGGAACCCGGCGCACGGGAAAAUGCCGUAACGCUAACCCCCACCGUCCCCCUGCUUGUUGUUGUUUUUGUUAUUGUUAAUGUUGUUGUUGUUAAUGUUUUGUUGUUGUUGUUGUUGUUGUUGUUAUUGUUGUUGUUGUUGUUGUUCAUCUGUGGUGUGUAUGAUGGUAUGACAAGGUGGCGUAUGGUAAAUCGUCGUGUGUGUGUGUGUGUGUGUGUACGCUCUUACUUUCUUGCUUACUUUCUUAUUCACGAGGGAGAUCAUUCAUUGUUUAUUUAUUUACUUUUCAGUGUUAGUCGUAAGCAUGCAUGAUUAGUCGGCCGGCAACUGUGUACGAUAAAUUUUGUUAUUAUUGUUAUUGUUGUUGUUUUAAGUUCAAUUUGAUUCACUACGUCGUUGUGAUUCAAUACACGGAAGUGAUAUACGAAUUCCAUGUUUUUUAUGUAUGCUUACAUGUAGAAAAUGUCAACCAGAAGUCUUGGGAAUACUCUACACAAAGGGAAUAAAGGAAGAUGGGAAAGAAGGAAGAGAGGAAGGAAGGAGGGAAGGAGAGAAGGAGGGAGGGACGGAAGGAAGGAAGGUAACAGUUAAGGAAGGAAGGAAGGAAGGAGGGAAGGAUAGAAGGAGAGAGGGAGGGACGGAAGGAAGGAAGGUAACAGUUAAGGAAGGAAGGAAGGAAGGAGGGAAUAAAGGAGGGAGGGUAGGAAGGGAGGAUAGAAGGAUUGAAGGAGGGACGGAAGGAAGGUAGCAGUUAAGGAAGGAAGAAAGGAAGGAAGGAGGGAAUAAAGGAAGGAAGAAGGAAGGGAGGCUGACGAUGAUGACUAGAGAGGCUUUUUAACUUUUUUAUGUAUUGGCCUUGAGCUGCUUCCUCGGCUGUAAAAAGUAAAUGUCCACCCUUAACACUUUUGAAGGUGUAACACUGCAAAAGACGAAAAAAAUAUCACCUGUUAUUUUCUUUCCCUAUUAGGUGAGGUGCACACGGCUACACGCAUUAAUCAAAGGUGUGACCCAAACUAAUGUCAAUGGUAAUUAAGUAAUGAAUAAGGGGGUUGUUGUUGUUUUUUUUUUUUUUUUUACAGUAAAGGAGACAGCACAAGGGCGCAAAAAAAAUGGAAACAACAAUAAAAAAAAAUAAAAAGCCCGCUACUCGCUGUUCCUGUUGUAUGAUCUAUUUAAGUGAUUCUGGCAUAGUGACUUGAAAAAAAUUGAAGGGCUGGUGACUGUUAUUACUUGACUUUCAGGAUGCAUGUUAUGGUAAGGUACAGAACCGUCAGCGGCAGAUACAGUCGUCAUAAUGUAUUGCAAUCGCGGGUAUUAGGUAUUAGUCAGAGUCAAGUCCGGGUUUGUUACAGCUACUGCCACAAUUAGUAAGUCAGUCAGUCGGUCAGUCACUCAUUUGCAUUUCUCUCUUAGCCAAAGUUACGUGUAGAGUCUGUUUCUGUGAGUCAGUUAGUCAUUUUAUAGUUACAGUCAAGUCCGGGUUCGCUACAGUCACAGCUACAGUUAGUAAGUCAGUCAGUCGGUCAGUCACUCAUUUGCAUUUCUCUCUUAGCCAAAGUCACGUGCUGAGUCUGUUUCUGUAAGUCAGCUAUGGUCAUUUUAUAGUUACAGUCAAGUCCUGGUUCGCUACAGUCACAGCUACAGUUAGUAAGUCAGUCAGUUGGUCAGUCACUCAUUUGCAUUUCUCUCUUAGCCAAAGUCACGUGCUGAGUCUGUUUCUGUAAGUCAGCUAUGGUCAUUUUAUAGUUACAGUCAAGUCCGGGUUCGCUACAGUCACAGCUACAGUUAUAAUAAGUCGUCAUUCGGUCAGUCAGUCAUUUGCAUUCCUCUCUAAGCCAAAGUCAAGUGCACAAUCGGUCUCUGUCAGUCAGUCAGUCUUGCACAAUCUGUUUUCUAAGUCAGUCUGUCGCGCUGCCAACCCCAUAAGGAAAAAUAAGGACGUUAAACGAAAAGAAGUUAGUUGCUCUGCUUACUAUUGUCGGGCUCAGUACGUCAAUCGAUUAUUCAGUCAGUCAGUCAUUUACAGUCGCAGCCUUACAGGUGUGACGUUGACGAUAUUAGCGAAGGUUUGUGUUGCUGGACGUGUUAUUUUGGAUCGUUGCCGCGGCGCUUAUCUCCGUCACCUUGAAGAUCCUCGUCGUGGGAGCAACCAGAGGGGACACGCGAGGUUGGCUGCGGUGUGCGUGAAGGGAAAAAUAUCAAGGUUCGAGCAGGAUUGUUUUAUACUACUUGAUUUCCUUCGUCGUGAGAGUUUUGUUUAUAAUUUCAGCCUCGUUUUCUCUCUUUUUUUUAUGUGUGUGCUUCCUCGCUUUUGAUAUUAAUUAUGAAAGGUUGUGAGAUUAAAAAAAAGAAAAAUAAUAAAAUUCAAUAAAAAAAAUAAUUCUUGA